AUGGUCUCCAUCUUUGGCGAUGAUCCAGUCUACAAUUGGUUCCUGUACAGCACGCCCGAGGCCAAGCGGCUGCGGCACCUCCAGGUGCUGAUUGAAGGCAUCAUCAAGGCGGCGGCCAUAGCCGAUGGCGUCUUUACCGAGAUCAAUGGCUGGGGGGCCAGCGCAGUGUUGAUCCCGCCGGGCAGCAAGCCCGACAGUCCUCUCACGGUGCUGCGGGCGGGUCUCGUGCCAGCCGCCAUUAGACUGGGGCCUCAACCUUUAAAGCGUUUGGUACAUGAUUAUACCAGCGCGGCAGAAAAGACCAAAGCCAAAGGCAUGACGGCCAAGGAGAUCAAGCGAAGAUUCCACUACUUGAUCUUCAUGGGGACAUCGCUGGAUCAUCGGCGGCAGGGGCUGGCUGGAAAGCUCAUUCAACACAUGCAGGCGCGGAUUCAGGCCGAGGAUGAGCCGCGGCCGAUUUGGUUGGAGGCCACGACGCCUGCGUCGAGAGACUUGUAUGCAAAGCACGGCUUUGAGCUCGUGGAGGAAAUUCCUCUGGGAAAAGGCGACGUGAAUGCAAAGGGUCGAAGGGAGGCUGGAGGAGAGGGCGUCACCAUCUGGGGUAUGGUGUGGCGGCCACAAGAAGCGCCAAUCUAG